AUGCCGCCAAGACCGCCAUCCAGCAAAGGCUCGAAGUUCGUUUCAUUCCGGAUCACGAUGCGGUUUUACUUGCUAAUCACCACAGCACAUGUAUACGUAGGCACUACACUUGGCGCGCCAGUCCGUAGCUACAUAUACUCGGGAAGCUUGAGAUAUCGAUUUCACAUGGGAGUGACAAACAUACAUAAUAGUCUAAUUAUUGACAUGGAUCAUGAGCAAUUGGCCAAUUGGAAGGCUCCCGGUCCGCCGGUCUCAAUUGGGGCAGUGGAUUCUCAUGAUAGUAAGUUACGUCCAUACAUGAGGUACCGGCGCGUGUUUCUGGUGUUGUGUGUGAAGGUACUUUUGGAGAAUCGUCAACUUGAGUAA